AUGCUGGCUGGUUUCCAAACUUUUGACUUGAAAAGAUUAUUGGGAGCUUUUGGUCAAAGUACAGCAGGACGAAAAUGUGAAUUGAAAGAUCGGGCCCUUGAAUUAUUAAGAAGUAGAUCACCUGGCUUUAACCACGCGAAAUUUGUAUCAAAAAUACAUGAAAUAUAUCGUUCCAUGCCAACAGUUAUGCCUAAUAAUAAUGCUAUUAUGAAUCACAGCUUAUUAAAAACCCAACAGAGACAAAUGACGGGGCAGAUACAGUCCCCACAACAAAGAAUGUACCAACCUGCCCCACUAUAUCCUCAACAGCCAAUGCAUAUGACCCGAGGUGAAUCACCACAGGUUAUGCCCCAAAUUCAAAGAGGCAUUUAUUGUAAUUCAGUUGGAGCAAAUACUAUAGCUAACAAUAACAUUCAAUAUACAUCGGGCAGUUAUCAGCCUUCUGGACCUCGUUCUAUUACGUCAUCUCAUUUGUCCUCAAGUCAACAAAUGAAUGUGGUGUCACAAGAUCCAUUGGGAUAUGAUAUGCACGGAAUGACAGUUGGAAAUAAUUCUUAUACUCCAUCUCAUGAAACUGUUGCCCAAAUCAAGUUCAAAAAAAUACCGUUUUAUGAGGAAAUUGACGUUGUUCUUAAGCCAACUUUAUUAGCUGGCACGGACAUAUGUACAUUAAAAAACGUUCCUAAAAGUAUGAAUGAAUUGGAAUUCAAACUUUUUGUGUCGCUCAAGGCCAUCAAUAUUGUUGCCAUAAGUCGUGAUGUUUCUCCGGGGAAACAGGAUUACCCUUAUCAGUUCCAGAUCCGAAUUAGUCAGUUAGUGGAACCUAUGAGUAAUGAGGUAACAGAUUUUAUGCCUCUUGGACUAUGCAUUCGGCUUGAUGGGAAAAUAUGUCCAUUACCACCUAUAGUUACUACUCGGCCAAGAGCUGAAUCCAGACGAUCUCCAAGGCCUAUAGAUUGCACUCGACUAAUUAAACUUUCUCCAAUCACUCCAACUAUGAUCAACAUAAAGUGGACUCCGGAACAACAAAAUUACGUAAUGUCUAUGUAUCUUGUAAAACGAAUAAGUUCAGAAACAUUGAUACAAAGACUUCAAGAUAAAGGAGGUAGGAGUUCAGAAGAAACCAAAAAAUAUAUAAUUGAAAAGUUAGCAGAUGUCGAUCCAGAUUUGGCCACUACAUCUUAUCGAUUUUCCUUGGUGUGUCCAUUGGGUAAAAUUAGAAUGAAGAUACCUGCAAAAUCUAUCCAUUGCGAUCAUUUGCAGUGUUUUGAUGCUAGUACAUUUAUUUUGAUGAAUGAGAAAAAGCCAACAUGGAUGUGCCCAACAUGUAAUAAACCUUGUUGCUACGAUGACUUACAAAUUGAAAAUUAUUUUUUGGAAGUUGUUUCAAGUCCAAAUCUCGAAGAAAGCAUUAAGGAAAUUGAAUUUUUAGCUGAUGGCACAUGGAUAGUUUUUGAAGACAAUAAAAAGACACAAACCACAAAUAGUACUUUUGAUGCAAAUUUAAAACCUGUCAAUUUUAUGAAUUUAGAUAGCGACGAAGAAAUUUCCGUUGAUUUAAAAGUAAAACAUAACCCUGAAACUGCCAAACACCAAAAAAAUGUAAACUUAAAGUUUGUUGAUUUGACAUUAAGUGACGAUGAAGAAGAACCACCAAAGCAAAAAAUUAAACAGGAAAAUUAGGCACAGGCUGCUGAUGCUAUACAGCCAGUUGCCAUAGUUGAUUCA